AUGCCAACUUCAACAUAUAUCUUAACGAUAUCUACCACUUUGGCUUUGGUGUUCCAGUUGUUCGCCACAAUUUCAACACCUCUCACUUCGAAUGUCUAUCUAUCUCACUUUAACGGAUAUAGAUUCGGGGUAUUUGGUUGGUGUAACACUGAAAAUGGAAAUUGCACCUCUGUGAAGCUUGGGUAUUCUUCUAAAGAUGCCUUUUUAUUUGCAGGUCAAGAUGAACUAGCAUUACCUACACAAGCCAAAUAUUCGUUAUCAAAAUUGUUAGUGGUACACCCGAUUGCCCUAUGUUCAACAGCUAUCUUAUGGGUGAUGGUUAUAUUUGUCCAGUUUUGCGAUGAUACAGAUAGAUCCCUUACAGCUAUUAUAAUAUGGUCUUUUCUCACUUAUUUGCAGACGCUACUAUGUUUUCUAGUUGAUGUGUUGCUCUUCAUUCCUUACCUAGAUUGGCCUGGAUGGUUGAUUCUUGUUAGUGCUAUACUCAUAGUGUUUAGCUCUUCGGUAUCAUGCCUAAGAAGGCGAACAAUAUCUUCUUGGAGGUAUGAGAGGACGGCUAAAGGGGAGGAUAUAGAGCUAUAUCCGUUGCAUGAAAGCUAUCAUACGCACAAAGAUUCUCCUCUAGUUUUGGAAAGACACGGUACAAACAGUGAUCUGUCAACCAAAAACACUUUACCAACUAAUAGACAACAGAACAGUCGAAAUGCUAUCCUGGAGCAGCCUUAA